AAAAUAGGAAUUUGAAAAAACAUGCGACGUUCGAAAGAGGAUAUUCUAAUCUGGCUUACCGAAAAAAACGUUUAAUGGGGAAAUCGAUAUGCUUCACAAAAAAGAAUAUGUUCCAUUGUAACCUUCUUCAAUGUUGAAAAUGUUUAAUAGGCAUAUAAUCUUAGUUGACGAAGACAAAGGAAAAAUUUUGAAGAUUCUACUUAAUUUGGCUUAGAUUUUUCGUACCGUUCUUUUGGACACUAUAUCUCCUUAUUUGCAUUUCUGGAAGAUUAAGUAAAAGGAUAAUAAAGAAAUGUAUCCUAUAAUAGAUAGAAUAAAACAAUUACCCGAGGAUUAGCAACAGUAACUACAUCGUGUUUCACAUUUUAAUCUCAUAGGAAUUGUGCUAAUAACUGUUUGUUUUUCUUUUAUUAGUAUAUUAGCGUAUCGUUCGGUUGAUAUUCGUAAAUCGUUACAAUUCGAAGAAUUAGUUGUUCGUGAAGAACUUGAAUAUUUAAUUGAAGAAGAAGUAGCAAAAUUAACAAUACAUAGUUGGCUUAAUAAAUGUUUAAAAUGUAUUAAAGCAAAAGAUCAAACAAAUGUUAGUAAAAAUUUACAAUGUAGUAAUGAAUUAGCAUUUUUUCGUGAAGCACAAGCAAUAACAAUAUACGAAUCAUUAAAAAGAACAACAGAUAAUGUAGGCAGUGAAGAAGAACGACGAAUAAAAAAUCGUGAUGAUCAACAACAACAACAAAUACAAAAAGAUGUUGUCAAAGAUAAACUUGAUAGGACAACUACAUUACCAAUACCUUCAAAUGAUUUCAAUAAUUCAAACUAUCGAACACAAGCAGGUAUACGUAAUACACCUAUUGAAUCUAAAGGAGUACGACGGUCAAUGUCACAACAAUUACAACAAAAUGUUAGUUUGACUUUAAGUAGUGAUGAAUCUUAUCGAUGGCGUUCAUGGCAAACAAGUAAUUUUAAGCAUGGGCGAAAAGAUGUUGAAUCAUGGUGGACUAAUCAAUUUCAAAUGUCAACUUAA